CCGCUGUCCACCUCCGAGUGGCGUCGCGACCCGUCGGGGAACUGGCGCUGGAUUGGCCAGUCUCCAGCAGCGGGGCGCUCGACGGCAGCCAAGCAAUGGGCGGGCCACCUGCGGGAUGCGUCGCACGUGGGCGGAGGCGGCUGGCUCAGCCGUCGCACCGCCCCCGCCCGGCCCAGUGGCUGCUCCGCCGCCGGCUUCGGCCCCGCCGACCGUGGCUGGGCAGCAGAACUCGGCUCGUGCGCAGCUGCAGGCCAUCACGGGCAGCCUCUCGAAGCUUCACGUGCAGCAGCAGCAGGCUGGAGCGGCCAGCCAGCCACCGCCGCCGCCUACCAGGCUGCGGCGCCCGCAGCUGGCGAUACCUCGCAGCCCGCCAAGGCGCGGGGUCUGGCUCGUGUGAAGUACCUCGAGGCCGCGCUGGCGGCCCUUCCGGCGGACGAUCCCCUGUUCGCCGAGGAAAAGGUGGGUCUGGGGCAGCGCUUUGCGGAGGCCAAGCGCGCCGUACAUAGCGUCAGGCCCAUCGGCGCCCGCAUCGACUGCGCGCGUGCGGCCCUCGAGCGCUCUCGCAGCCGCCAGGCCGAGGCUGCCAAAGCCGUGGAGGCAGCCCAGAAACUCCCCCAGCUGGCUGCCGACGAGGUGGCUGCGCUCGAGGCGGAGCUGCAAGAGCUGCGACAGGCUGAGCGGGAGGCUACCGACGUGAGCUCGGCAGAGAUGGAACCUGCUCCGCCUGCGACGCCUUCCGACCAGGCACGCGCAGCCCUGAACAUGACGAUCGCGAACCUCGCGACAGAUUCGUGCGUGCACCCUGGCCGCGUCGAGGCGGCCCACGCCCACGUGAAGCAGCUCUUCGACGGCUUCCGCCUGGCGCUCCAGCAGGCCGAGGCCACGCGGGCUGCGGCAGCCGGAACCGCGACCCACCCUGCCGAGAGGCGUCACGUUGUGAAGUCUCCACCUGUUGCUCCGAUGCCUGCGCAGGCCGGCGCCUUGGUGCGCCACCGGGGCAAACAGCCCCGGAAGGAGCUCAUCACCGACUGGUUCACGAGGAAGAAGGUCAUCCGCACCAUUGGGAAGGAGGCGGCCGCCGGCGUGCAGGUGAGCUGCCAACUGAUGCUUGGCAAGGUCCAGAUCCUCGAGCAGAGCUUCUUCGCAGAAGACCUCGACAUAGUGUUCAUUCAAGAGGGUCGUGCACGCGCCGCCGAGGUGCGCCGCGGCCUGCGCUACACCACGCUGUUCUGGGUGGCGGGCCUCGCCCGAGAGGGCAUUCCUCUUAUCUGGGUGGGCGCGCAUGCGCCUCGAGAAAGAGCUGACCUUUGCGAGCGUGAGAUGCUCUGGGACACCCUAGUCAAGCACGUCUUGGCGCUGAAAUCCCUGACCCCGUCCGCCAAGAUAUUCCUCGGUAUUGGCGCCAACGGUCGUGUUGGUGCACGCUCGUCUGGGGUCACUGGCUCCCGCGAGGCCGAUGCCUUCACCGCCAACGGCGCGGCCUUCGCAGCAGCGCUCCAUGCGUUGCGCGUGGCAGCCCUCGACGUCUUCUUCGAUGUGGGGUGCGCAUGGAGAUCCGGCAAAGGGCACACCUCCCGCAUCGACUAUAUUUGUGGCCCCCUGGACGACGUCAGCCGCGUGGCGUCUGUGAGCGUGCCCUCGAACGUCCAGCUCUCCCUCGCAUCCUGGGAGGAUCGCGGAAUGGUCAUGGCCGUCACCAGUGUCUCCGAGCGCGCCCCCAUCGACGACAGGAUGACCGCCUUCAACCAGCAGGUGCGCGAUGCCGCAAUGCGCGCAUGUGUGCCUCCUGCCGACCAGCCUCGGCAGCCGUGGAUCACGCCCGACGCGUGGCGCGUGCUCCGCGUGCUGGCGCCCUCCCGCAGGGUUGUCCACGCCGCGCGAGCGGCCGCCCGCACAGUGCACCCUCACAUGGUCUUCCGGUGCUGGGCUGCCCUCCGCCCUGCGCCAUUCCGGCCGCUUGCAGAUGCUCAGCCGCGUCUCGGCUGGCACGCCCAGUGCGUACUGCCACAGCUCAGCCGGCUCUCCAAGCUAUGGCAUGGCACCAAUGCCAGCAGCUCGCCUGCCUGGUGCGCCAUUUCGUCCAUCUCGGUCGCCAGCUGUAUCCGGAGAGCCAGGCCGCCGAUGGGGCAGGGUGCCGCGGCUGGGGCUGCGGCGCACCCCGUGCUGCUCAGGAGCAGGUUCCUCUCCUGCAGCGAGGCCGAGAGGCAGGCGAGGUGGCUGGAGCACUUCCGUGACGUCUUCCACGGCGCAGUUCUCUCCGCGGCCCAGCUGCAGGCCCUGCCCCCUUGCCGCGCCCCUGGAGGUGGGCCUCCGCUCCACGAGCUGCUGGCCGUCCUCUACCAGGAUGUCGUGGGCCACGAGCGCUGGCCCUCGCAGGGGACUGGCGGUCGCAUGCAAAGCGUCCACGAGCGCAGGGGCCCGCUCGAAGACUGCGACGAGUCCAGAGGCAUCGUUCUCGAGGACCACGCCGCGAAGGCCCUCAAGCAGAUGCUGGGCGACAUGCUGAACGAGCCUUGCCACCAGAACAUGCCAGAAGCGCAACACGGAGCCGUCGCGGGCAAGGGCACCGACUACGCCGCCCACCUAGUGCACUGCUUUGUGGCGUACUGCGCGGCGCGCCACCUCUCAUGCUUUGUGUGGUUCUUCGAUCUGGUGAAGGCGUUCGACCGGCUGGCCUCGACGAUCCUGAGCUGCAAGUUCGGGUCCAUGGUCUUCAAUAGCACCUUCUCGCUGGCCAUGGUACUUAUCCGGGACGCCCUCCUGGAGCAUGGCGUCGUGCUGCGCCUUCGCCCUGCGAAUGCCGCCUUCUGGGCCGACCGCGACGAGGCCGAGUCCGGAGUGAGCGUCGAGCCCGACGGCGUUCCGGUGGUCGACGCCACCUUCGUUGGCGAUGAGUGCUUCCUUCUGCUCGGCCGCAGCGCCGCGGAUCUCGACAAGGCCAUCGAGACCAUGAUCCAAACCGUGUGCGAGAUGUAUGGCCGCCUCAACUUCACCAUCACUUGGAAGGCCGGCAAAUCCGAGUGCUUCUUGGUAUACUGGGGCCCCUCCGCCACGAAGUGCCUCCAGCGUCGGCGCGUGCUCGCCAAUGGCGGCCUGGCUGUCGCAGUCCGCGCCUUGGAUGUGAUGCUGCACGUGGUCACGCAGUACCGCCACCUUGGCAGCCACGCGUACGGGCCGAUCGCGUGCAAGGUGUUCGGAUCCUGUGUGAUCGAGCGCGACAUGAAAUUCCGAUUCAUGCAGUCGCUCAUCCUGAGCAGGUUGCUGUACAACGCCCACGUGGUCGUGCCCACGCGCCGUUUUCUGAUCGUCCUGAACGGCGUCUACAUGAGU